UUAAUGCCAUACUGAACAAAUACAGGUUUCAUUACAGCAUGUAAGAGAAAACGUUCUGCCUCAUAUAAACUUCAGGAAAAGUGGUUGGUUUCGUUUCCUUUUCCGCGUCUCGUACUGGGUGUAGAUUAUACCGUACUUUAUUUGUCAAGACAGUUCAGUCUCUCGACAUCAUACUACACGCAGCUGGGGUCGCUGGCCUUAAAUGUAUAGUAUUCCUAGGUGCUACACCUUGAUGAAAGGUUAGCUCUUGAUUAGAAGAUGUUCCCUUGCCAAAACGGUAUUCGAUUUCUGAUGUAGACCUAGAGAAACGGAUCACAGAACCCGAAGGUAAAGCGGCCAAGCGAGAAGGCACUUUAUUCUUCCAUAAGGCGUGUUUACAACAAAUAUGCAGCCGUGGAAUGCUGAGGUUUCUGUCAACAAACUAUUUCCGCUGGAUUCUGAGGGAAAUAUUUCCUGUGAUAUAAAUGCACAAUACAUCUAUGAAUCCGAUGGGGUCAAAUUCAGUCGAAUCUCAACCGAAUCUCUUCUUGCACUCCUUGGCAUCAUUGGGAAUCUCUUUGUAUGUCUACUACAAGCUGAGCACCUCAGAAUAAACCGACGAGUCAUUGGCCUGAUCAGAAGUCUCGCUUUAGCAGACUUAGGCAUUCUUCUGGUGUGUUUUCCUUUUGCUGUCGCAAAGGAGCAAGAAGCGAUCAAUGAAUGGACAUUCGGAGCUGCGGGAUGCAAAGUUUUUUAUCCAUUUUGUGAAGCUUUUUAUGCAGUCUCGAUUUGGUCUGUUGUGGCUAUCUCGAUUGAAAGGUACCGAAUUUUCAAAAGGAACAAUAACAUUUGGGCUCCAAGCCGUGAGAACUGGCAAAAUUGGCGGAUUGUGACCACUAUAUGGAUUAUUGCAUUUUUCGUAUAUUCCCUACCGCUAUUUUUCUCGAGCACAUUACAAACUCUUUGCGGGAAGAAAAUGUGCUACCUUGAAUGGUCGGCUACAGGAAGCAUGAACAGUCUAGCUGCUAAGCUGCAUUCCUUUACACUUCUUUUCACUCUUUAUUUUGUACCUGUGUGCAUUAUAGCUUGGACCUACUUUCGAGCCUCGAGGCGCAAAGAACUCUUCGCGAACAGACACAAACGCGCGCGAAGGCGCAUACGAACACAGUUCAACUCGCUUAGCUCUGCUUUGCUUGAGGAGGAAGAAGCUGUAAGAGAACAGCUCGAUUCGAUCAGUCGCAUUCACCUUCCUGUUGUCGGUAUUUUUGCAAUCACUAUGGUCCCAGUAACAUUACUUCGAUUUAUCUUUUCAUUUUUUCCAAACACACUGACUCUCGAGAAAUACCUUGUUCUUUUCAAUAUUUCCAUUGUUUUUAUUAUCCUCCACGCAGCAGCCAAGCCCUGCGUUUAUUUUUUAUUGAGUCGCAGUUUUCGCUCGGCAUACGCGCAUGUAUGGAAGAGACUUCGCGCGUACGCGAGGUGUAGGAUUAAAAAAGAAGAACGCCUUGUUUCUUCGCAUGACUUUGGUGUUGAGAUUGUGUCUCUUACAAGCACCACAACAACUCUUAGUCGAUACAAAGAAACAACGUUAUAGACAAUCAGGCGGAUUGGUUGAUAAACAGAUAAACUUUGCUCUCCAUUAUGUGCGACGAGAUGUAAAAAGAUAGGAAAUUGCUUUGCAGAACUAUCUUUCAGACGAAGGUGAUAGUUGAUGAGAGACGAUGAGAGUCCCAAACUUUCCUAGCUCUCCCAGAGUUGCGAUCAAACGGAUUUUGAUGAGAGUGAUCACGUUUUAAUCAAAGAAUCUAUAAUUACACCUUGAAUUCACUUGUUGUGAGAACUGCUGACCGAAAUACUCUAAUUAACUCUUAUUCACGUGGAUCAAACGAUGACAGCUCUGAUCAGCUCUCAUUUCGAAUUUGAACAUGUUUAGGAUGAAUGAGAGUCGAUGAGAGUGCGUGAAAGUGCACGGUCAAACGGUCAUAGAGUUGGAACCGUUAUCGACUUUCGCUGACUCUCGUCUCCGUCGAUCGAGGCAUUCCCGCCUUUUAAUCUUAGAACACAAAUGCUUGAAUAGAUGGGUACUGAAUAAAAAAUCGUGGUUGCGUUGUAGCGAUGUGUGUGCGAGAUUCAAAUGGAUUAUAUGACUAAUCCUUUUUUUUUCAAUAAUAACAGACCAAACAGCUUCCACAGGUCAGUCAGUAGCCAUGGGGUAACCCCUUGCAUCUGGCCAAGAGGUCCGAACAAAUGAAAAGAAUAUAGAUUUGCAAUGUU